AUGGGAUUUAUUGGCGAUGAUCGAGAGUUUAUAUCUGCUAUUGAAGAGGCUUAUCAUUGGGGUUCUAGACAUUAUUUGAGGUUACUAUUUGUUCAUAUGUUAUUGUCAAGUAGCAUAACCAGGCCAAGGCAUGUUUGGAGUAAGACACAACAUCUUUUGUCUGAUGGCAUUGUAUAUUCUCAACAGAUUAUUGCAAACAACAGAGGUAGUAAUAACUUCGAAAUAAUGAAUUUAACAUUGAUUGAAAUUGAGAAACUCCUUCAAAGAAACCGGAAGAGUUUAAGUGACAUUCCUGGAAUGCCUAAACCCCAAGGUUUUAUCCUUGAGGAGCUGGGAAACAAGCUUAUUUACGAAGAUAGAAGCUACAGUCAAGCUGAGCAGCUUCAAGAAUUCAACAUGCUAUAUAAAAAACUCACAGGGAUUGCAUCACUUUUACUUCCAGGUGGUCGGACGACACAUUCGAAAUUCAAGAUUCCAAUACCUACUCUCGAGUCUUCCACGUGCGACAUUAGCAAAGGAAGUGACUGUGGUGAUCUAUUAAAAUUAUCAAAGUUGAUCAUUUGGGAUGAGGCUCCAAUGGCUCACAGGUUUUGUUUCGAAGCAUUGGAUAAAACCCUCAAAGACAUCAUGGGUGGAUCCAAAUCAUCUGACAAGAUAUUUGGAGGUAAGUCUGGGAACAAAAUAAAUCCUUCUGAGCUGGAAGAGUUUUUGAAGUGGAUAUUGAAACUCGAGGAUGGAAAAUUAGCGGAACCUAAUGAUGGUUAUGCAGAGAUUGAUAUUCCUCCCGAACUGUUGAUAUCGGAUUUUGCUGAUCCACUUGAAGCAAUUUUUCAAAAUACAUAUCCAAAUUUUUCACUCAAUUACAACAAUGAAGAAUUUUUGCAAUCAAGAGCAAUAUUGGCUAGAACUAUUGAGACAGUUGAUCAAAUAAACCAGUAUGUAUUUGAACUUCUUCCAGGUGAGCAAAAAGAAUAUUUAUCAUCUGAUUAUGUGGAUACAAGUGAUGGUGACGACAAUGAAUGUUUCAAUGUAUUAACUCCUGAGUUUUUAAAUACACUCAAAUGUUCAGGCCUUCCCAAUCACAAUAUUACAUUGAAGAUUGGUACUCCGAUUAUGCUUCUUAGAAAUAUUGAUCAAUCAGAAGGUCUUUGCAAUGGAACACGACUCAUUGUUACAAGACUGGCAGAUCACGUUAUCGAAGCGAAAAUUAUUUCAGGGAAAAACAUUGGUGGUGUCGUAUAUAUUGCGAGAAUGGACAUUACUCCUACUCAAUCUCCAUGGCCCUUUAAGAUGACUAGAAGGCAAUUUCCUAUAACGGUGUGUUAUGCUAUGACGAUUAACAAGUCUCAAGGCCAGUCAUUGGAUUAUGUAGGUAUAUAUUUACCGAGGAGUGUCUUCAGUCACGAUCAAUUAUAUGUUGCAGUUUCAAGGGUAAAGAGCAAAAAAAGGCUAAAGAUAUUAAUUCACGACAAAGAUAACAAACCGUUGUCGACUACAACAAAUGUUAUUUUCAAAGAGGUUUUUGAAAACUUAUAA